UGUAGUGGAUUGGCUGAGCAGAUGUGUGUGGUUUUAGUUCGUAUUCCAGUAUUUUAUACUCUCCUGUAGUGCUAAUAACUGAGUAUGCGUGUGAAACCCUGAUACCUGCCAUCCGUCUGCACAGGAAUGUACAAAAAUCUGCUGCUUUCAAUUAUUUUCACAUGUGCAUCGAUCGAAAGAAAUUAUUCUAACUGUUAACCAAUCAGAGCGCAGGAGGCGGGGCUCGUGUGAGCUUCCAGCCAAUCCCGGAGCGAUGGUGCUGAACGUGCUGUGGAAGCUCCCGCCCUCCAGAGUUUCUCCCCUCAGCGGUGCAGCAGAGCCCCACAUGCCCGGAGAGCUGCAGCCAUGGACGGUGUCGCCCGCUCCUGCCCGGCGGUGUUCGGGGUUCUGCUCCUGUUAGUCGUGACGGUGAAGUGCAUCAGCCGCAGCGACCUGCUGGACUACGGGCCUCAGUUUGGGGACCAGACCCUGGAGCCCGGGACGGACAUAACUCAGGAAAUCCCCCUGGACCAGGCUGUGUUUUUCUACAAUAGUCAGAUUGAAAAAGUUUAUGUCAAUACUAAUGGCUUUGUGUCCAUGAGCCAACCUCCGGCUGAGUCCGAGUAUUUGGGAAAAAUGCCUGUGGAAUUUGGCAUGAUCGCAGCUUUUCUUGGUGAUUUGGACACCAGCGAUGGCAUCGGAAAUGUCCUGUAUAGACAGGACACCAAUCCAGAUGUGUUGCAGAAGAUUGCAGAACAGAUUGGUCAAGCUUUUCCCAAAGACGAUGAGGUCGACCUCACUCAUGCCCUUAUUGUUACCUGGGAGAAUGUAGCAACUCGUGGAGCUGCAGAGAGAGGAGACGGUGUGCUUAAAAAGAGAAACACUUUCCAAUUGGUUGUAGCUUCCAUGGAGCUGACCACCUACGCCAUCCUGCUCUACCCAAGAGAUGAUCUGCAGUACCUUUCUACUCUUCUAGAGGGUGAAAGUACCCCCGCGGAGGUCGGCUUCAGCCAAGGUCAAAUUCAAGCCUGGUUUGGUUGGGGUAGUACUCAGGGUCCUUACUACAAAGUCGCCACUAAUGAGGAUUCACUCAGAGACCUCACAGAAUUAACUAAUUCAGGAAGGCGUGGUGUGUGGGUGUACCAGAUCGGCGCCUCCUCCUCCUUUGACACUGUAAUACCGGGUCAGGUCUCCACGGUAACCCCAGAGGAGAGUUCACCAGACCAGGCCAUCCCUGAUGCUCCAGGGCCAAGAUACCAAGAACAGGAGGAGACCCCAGAUUACCCAUCUUACGAAGAAGAGACAUUCCCUCCAGAAACAUUCACAUCAACAGCUUUUCCAGAAACAUCUUUCGAAACAGAAGAGCCCAUUUUGCAUGAGGAGGCAGUCCCUGAGCUCACCGUUCAGUCCCGAGCAAGCUACCCAUUCCCCCCCAGGGCUCAGCCAGUCGUAGCCCAGCCGAUAAACCCUCAGGUGGUCGUGGUGGAGGAACCAGAUGAAGACCUUAAUGUUAAUGUGUUUUCUUAUUAUGAGACGUGCUCCAGCAACAGACAUAAGUGCUCGAAUUUUGCUGACUGCAUAGAUUAUGCCACUGGUUACUGCUGCCAGUGUAAGCCUGGAUAUUACGGCAACGGGAAGGACUGUGUUGCUGAAGGCAAGCCCCAGAGAAUGAAUGGGAAAGUGAAUGGCAGAAUCUACGUCGGCAGCUCCCGCACUCCAGUGGAGUUCUCCAACAACGAUUUACACUCGUAUGUGGUCGCCAACGAUGGCCGAGCUUAUGUAGCAGUUAGCACCAUCCCAGACAACGUUGGGCCCUCCCUGCAGCCUCUCUCCUCUCUUGGCGGAGUUAUUGGCUGGGCCUUUGCCCUGGAACAGCCGGGUUAUGAGAACGGCUUCAGCGUUAUUGGAGGCGUUUUCACCCGCCAGGCCGAGGUGACCUUCCAGCCGGGCGGCGAGAAGCUGACCAUCAGUCAGGAAUUCAAAGGCAUUGAUGAGCACGAUCACCUGGUGGUCAGCACUCAGCUGGAUGGGAGGAUUCCGGAGGUGCCACAAGGAGCCACCGUCCAGAUUGAGCCCUACUAUGAGAUCUAUCAGUACUCCAGCAACUUGAUCACCUCCUCUUCCACACGGGAUUACACGGUCACUCUCCCUGAUGGUUCUGUGCAGACCCUGAUGUACCUAUGGAGGCAGAGUAUUAGUUUCCAGAGCUGCCCCCAUUCCGAGGCCUCACGCCCCCUCCCAUCCAGCCAGCAGCUCAGCGUUGAUCAGGUCUUUGUGAUGUACGAUUCCGCCAACCAGCUCAUUCGCUACGCCAUGACCAACAAGGUUGGCUCUAUCAGUGGAACCCCACAGCAGAACCCUUGUUUCACUGGGAGACAUGGAUGCGACACCACUGCCAUCUGCCGUCCAGGCCAGGGCAACCAGUUCACCUGUGAGUGUGCAGCAGGAUUCACAGGAGAUGGACGCACUUGCCAAGAUGUUGACGAAUGUAGGGAGAAUCCUCAGAUCUGUGGACCUCAUGCCAUCUGUAACAAUCAGCCCGGGACCUUCCGCUGUGAGUGUAUGGAGGGCUUUCAGUUUGCCAGCGAUGGACAUACCUGUGUCCAAGUGGACCAUCCUGUUGAUCACUGCCUGAGAGGGACUCAUGACUGUGAUGUUCCAGAGCGUGCACGCUGCAGCUACACAGGGGCUUCCGCCUACAUCUGCUCCUGUCUGCCAGGCUUCGUUGGAGAUGGCAGGAAGUGUCAAGAUAUUGAUGAGUGUCAGGCCGCUCGCUGUCACAGAGAUGCCGUGUGCUACAACACAGAGGGCUCCUUCAGCUGCCAGUGCCGCCCGGGAUUUUAUGGCGACGGCUUCACUUGUACAUCUGAAUCAGGGCGUGAGAAGACGGCCUGUGAGCAGCACAGAGAGUCUGCGCUGGCCGAGACGUCGGGAGGAUACUACUUCUUCCGGCCGCGGCCCGCGGUGGGUCAGUACGCCCCCACCUGUGACGCCUACGGAGAGUACGAGCCUACACAGUGCCACGGCAGCACUGGACACUGCUGGUGUGUGGACCGCAAUGGCCAGGAAAUCCCAGGAACCAGAACCGGACCAGGCAGCACACCCACAUGUUUGGAUCAUAAUGUGGCUCCUACGGCAUUUGGCCCCACACCCAGCACUGUUAUAAUCCAAGUUUCUCCAGGAACUAACCUCCUUUUUGCCCAGAGUGGCAAAAUCGAACACAUCCCAUUGGAAGGCAACAACAUGAAAAAAGAGGAGGCCAAGACCAUGAUACAUCUACCCGAUAGAGUGGUGAUUGCUGUGGCCUAUGACUGUGUGGAGAAGAUGGUGUACUGGUCAGACAUCACUCAACCGUCCAUCAGCAGAGCCAGCGUGCAGGGAGGCCAGCCUACAGACAUCAUUACAAAAGAUUUGGGAAGUCCUGAAGGAAUUGCGAUUGACCACCUGUCCCGAAACAUGUACUGGACUGACUCCCGUAUGGACCAUAUCGAGGUGUCCACGUUAGAUGGACGCAACCGUCGCGUGCUCUUUGACAGCGACCUCAUAAAUCCACGAGCCAUCAUUGCUGACCCCAAAAACGGUCGUUUGUACUGGGCAGACUGGAACAGAGACAACCCCAAGAUCGAGGUGUCCAACAUGGACGGCACAGACAGGACUGUGCUCGUGAAAGAUGAUCUGGAGCUGCCCAACGGAUUGACCUUUGACAGUCAUAGCAGGCAGCUGUGCUGGGCAGAUGCAGGGACGCGUAAGGUGGAGUGUAUCGACCCUUACACUCGUCUGAGGAGGAAGGUGGUGGAUGGAGUGCAUUAUCCCUUCUCUAUCGUCUCCUAUGGAAGAAACCUCUACUAUACAGACUGGAGAAAACAAGCUGUUGUUUCUGUGGACCGUUUGGCUGAGAGAGAGGUGGAUGAAUUCCUGCCUCAAAAGAGAUCUCGUACCUACGGCAUCACCACCACCUUCCCACAAUGCCCUGAAGCUGAAGUGAACUACUGCUCAAGGAACAACGGUGGCUGCUCCCACCUGUGCCUCCCGCGGCCCCAGGGCUUCACCUGCCGCUGCCCCGACGUCAACGACGGCUCCUGCGUCGAGAGAGACCAGAACUUCUGAGAGCUGCAGCCCAGCGAGGUGCUACAGGUGUUCUGAUAAGAGAGGGACGCCUGUGCCUUUAAGAAGACUGUACUUGAUUCACGUUAAGGGGGAAUAAAAAUGAGUAUGUAUGGUAAAUAAGCAAAGAAGAACCACUAAAGAGACCACUGAACCCCACCCACCAACACUACAGCCCACCCGGGACACUGCAGACGAGGGACACUGCAGACGAGGGAGCACUGCGGAAGGUGAGCGAAGGAGAGGAAGCAGGUGCUGAUAAGAGUCCUGUACAACCUGCGAGAGGAGUAAAGAGUAAGGGACCACUGAAGGUAUGGACUGCAGUGUGGGGGGUCUGAAAAGAGGGAUGAGUUUAGAAGGGAUUAGCUAUUUAAAAAAAAAAAAAAUAAGUGAGGACUGGGAGGACCAGGGAUCAGCGAGCUGGUGCUAAUGGGGUCAGAAUUGGUUAUUGUGGGACACAGUAAUUAAAAAGAUAGGUAAGAGUUUAUUUCACUAUAUUAACUGGUUGUAUUGUAGUCUUUUUAUUAAAAACAACCCCAGUUUUACCCACUUUCCAACAAAAACAAUAAUAUUAAGAUAAGAAGUGGCCUUAUGUUUUGUAUUGUUUAUAUGGAGAUCAAUACAGCUAUAGUUUACAUGUGAGCAAGCUGUUUGGAUAAAUCUAAAUUCUCUUAAUGACCUCUGUUAUUGUAUGUAACCGAGCCAAAUUGAGAUAUUUCAGAACAAAUUUUUAUGUAGUUUUUUUAAGGCCACCUUUUUUUUUUUUUUUUAACAAAGCUCUGUAGUUUUGUUAUUGCUUUUUAUGAUAUCAAGCUGUUAUUAAUGUGAUUUAUUUGAUGUAUUUAAGGGCUGUCAUUACUAAAUGUUAUAUUUACUGAGUGAGGUACACAUUAUUAUUUGAUACAGAUUAUUGUAGAUCACUCAGUAAAUAUAAUAUUUAGUAAUGACAGCCCUUAAAUACAUCAAAUAAAUCACAUUUUUUGGCCUAAUAUCCCUGGAUUGACUGAGUAUGGGUCAGUGGGUCAAAUGGGGUAGAUAUGGAGUGAGUAUUAUCAUUAUAUUAAUUCUUUUAACUAAGAAAAAAUAUUUACAAUUAUUUUACACUUUGUACUGUAAAUAAAUGGUAUAAAUAUAGUCGUUAUUUUAAAAACACAUUUCAGGUAAAACUGUUGUAAAAGUUUACAAGCUUUAAAGCUAAUCGCGGGACCUGUCUCGAGGGGCUUUGGCCCAGAUUCUGUCCAUCUGGACUGAGCCCCCCUCCGGAGGGUGUGUUGGCCCGAACCUCCCUGACCUCAUCCCCCAUCUGGGGCUCCAGGCUCAGCGUUUACACAUUAGAUAAGGUUACUCUGCAUGUGCUGUGGACGCAGCUGGAGGGAGGAGGUAGCAGAUAUACAUACACAUACGUGAAAACAUUUCCAUGUUGUACAGCUGUUUAAUAAAAAUACACUUUUUUUU